AUGCCCGGGCUGAAAAAAAUCAUCGACGUCGCACAGGUCAACACGUUGCUCCAGCGCAAAUUGCUAAAUUCGAAUCAAGGCGUGCGCCUACUAGACUGUAGUUACGCGUUGGCUCCACGUCAAGAUUGGCGGCAAUUCGAGAAGGAGAGUUAUGCCAAGUUCGAUUUGGAUUCGAGCUCGCCGAGCAGGAAACUCUAUUUAUCCGCGCAUAUUCCACAAGCCGUGCAUUUGGACCUGGAUCAAGCCAUGUUUCCAUCGAAAUUCCAGCGAUUUGCACAUUAUCCAGCGGAGAUUUUUCGAAAAAUACGCUCAAAAAUUGGGCCUGAAUGCCGGUGAACACUUGAUUUUCUACGGAAAAGGCGCGUUUGGUGGAAUGUUGUUUGCGUCGAAAUGUGCGUGGCUUUUUAAAUCAUAUGGACAUGAGAAUAUUUCGUUGGUGGAUGGUGGAUUUGAUGGAUGGAAGAGGGCGGGAUUUGAGGUGUCACAGGAGGAUUUGAGGCUGCAGGUGGGAUUUUUGGGGGAUUUUUGAUGGAAAAUGAGCCUGAAAUCGUGAAAAAUGGCCUAAAAUAAGCCUAGAAGCUUGAAAUUGAGAUUUGAAAGCCUAAUCAGCUUUCUGGGCCUUAAUCUGCCUAAAUUUCAUGCUCUGAGCCUAUUUUUCAUAAAAAUUUGGCCUAAAAUGAGCCUAGACGCUUAAAUAUUAGCCUAAAAGCUCGUAAAUUGAGCCUAUAAGCUCAAAUAUGAGCCUAUAGGCCUAAAAAUUGGCCUAGAAGCCUGAAAUUCAGAUUUGGACGCCUACUAAGCUUUCAAAGCCUAAAAUUCAUGCUCCGAGCCUAUUUUCCAUGAAAAUAUGCCUAGAAGCUCAAAAAUUGGCCUAAAAUGAGCCUAGAAGCCUAAAAAUUGGCCUAAAAUGAGCCUACGAGCUAAAUAUGAGCCUAUAGGCCUAAAAAUUGGCCUAGAAGCCCGAAAUGCAUGUUCCAAGCCUAUUUUUAAUGAAAAUUAGCCUAUGAUAAGCCUAGAAGCUAGAAAUUUGGCCUAUAGGCCUAAAAAUUGGCCUAGAAACCUAAAAUUCAUGCUCUGAGCUUAUUUUCCAUGAAAAUUAGCCUAAAAUGAGCCUAGAAGCCUGAAUUUAGCCUAAAAUGAGCCUAAGAGCUUAAAAUUCAUGUUCUGAGCCUAUUUUUAAUGAAAAUUAGCCUAUGAUAAGCCUAGAAGCCUAAAAAUUGGCCUAAAAUAAGCCCAAGAGCUUGGAAUCCAGGUUUGAAGGCCUAAUAAGCCUUCUGGGCCUUAAAUUGCCUAAAUUUCAAGUUCUGGGCCAAUUUUUGAUGGAAAAUGGCCUAAAAUGAGCCUAAGAGCUUAAAAUCCAGGUUUGAAAGCCCACUAAGCUUUCAAAGCCUAAAAUUUAUGUUCUGAACCUAUUUUUAUUGGAAAAUGGCCUAAAAUGAGCCCAGAAGCCUAAAAUGAGCUUUAGGGCUCAAAAAUAAGCCUUAGAGCUAAAAAAUUGGUCUAAGAGCUCUGGAAUGAGCCUAGAUGCUUCAAAAUUGGCCUAAAACGAGCCUAAGAGCUAUUUUUCACGAAAAAUAGCCUAAGAUAAGCCUAAGAGCCCAAAUAUGAGCCUACAGGCCUAAUAAUUGGUCUAGAAGCCUGAAAUUCAUGUUCUGAGCCUAUUUUUCAUGAAAAUUAGCCUAAAAUGAGCCUGAAAAGCCUAUUUCGUCCCCCAAAAGCCCGAAUUUUUGCAGCCCGGAAACUGGAAAGCCCAAAAUGCCAUCGAAAAACACGUCAUAACCUACGAGGAGCUGGAAACCAAGGAAAAUGGAUCGGAAAAGCAAAAUUUUGAAAAAUCGGAUGAAUUCAACUUUUUGGAUUCACGUGGAAGAGGACAAUUUGAAGGAACUGAAGAUACUGGAUUGGACCCGAAUAGUGAGUGGAAAUGGGCCUGAAAAGCCUGAAAACGGGCCGAAAAAUGAGCCUAAACAAGCCUAGAUGUGUUUUAGGCUGUUUGAGGCCCAUUUUCCAUCAAUUUUGGGUAGAAAAUAGGCCCGUUUAGGCCCAAAAAAGCCCGCUUUUUUCUUCAGAAGUUAAUGGAACUCGAAUUGCUGGCUUCAAAAAUUUCCCAUCCGCCGAACUUUUGCAAAAACCUGGAAUUUUGAAAUCGGAAGAUGAAAUUAGACAAUGUGAGUUUUUUUUUUUGAAAAUUUAAAUAUUCCCGCAAAAAAAACGAGCGCGAAAAUUCAGAAAUUCAAAAUUUUUCAAAAAAAAUGUUCUUUUUUUUUUUGAAAAAAAUUAAUUCCAUGUCAAAAAUAGGCUUUUAGAUCUAAAUUUCAUGCUGAAUCUCAUGGUAAAGGUGAAAUUCGCUUAAAAUGAGAAUUUCCAUGAUUUUCAGCACGAAAUUUCAGCUAGGAAGCUUUUUUGGCUGAAAAAAUCUAAAAUUUUUUGAAAAAAAAUAAUUUCAAGUCAAAAAUAGGCUUCUAGAUCAGAAUUUUGCGCUGAAACUCGUGGAAAAGCUGAAAAUCGCUGAAAAUCAAUAAUUUCAUGAUUUUCAGCACAAAAUUUCAGCCAGGAAGCUUUUUUGGCUGAAAAAAUCUAAAUUUUUUUUAAAAAAAUUCAAAAUUUUCGGUUAAAAAAAUUCCUGGCUGAAAUUUCGUGCUGAAACUCGUGGAAAAGCUGAAAUUUGCUGAAAAUAAGAAUUUCCAUGAGAUUCAGCACAAAAUUCUGAUCUAGAAACAUAUUUUUCGAGCUGAAAUUAAUUUUUUUCAAAAAAAUUCAAAUUUUCGCGCGAAAAUUUCAAAAUUUGAGUUUCCUGACUGAAAUUUCGUACUGAAACUCGUGGAAAUCAUCAUUUUCAGCGAUUUUCAGCCAGUUUUCCAGAUUCAGCACAAAAUUCUGAUCUAGAAACAUAUUUUUCGAGCUGAAAUUAAUUUUUUUUCAAAAAAAUUCAAAUUUUCGCGCGAAAAUUUCAAAAUUUGAGUUUCCUGACUGAAAUUUCGUACUGAAACUCGUGGAAAUCAUCAUUUUCAGCGAUUUUCAGCCAGUUUUCCAGAUUCAGCGCAAAAUUCUGAUCAAGAAACAUAUUUUUGGCCUAGAAUCAAUUUUUUUAAAAAAAUUCAAAAUUUUUGCGCGAAAAUUCAAAAAUUCAAAUUUUUAAAUUCAAAAAUUUUCGCGCGAAAAUUCAAAAAUUCAAAUUUUUCCACAGGGUUCAACAAAAACGGCUACAAUCCCUCAUUGCCUACAGUAACCUCGUGUAAUAGCGGAGUUCAGGCCGCAUUGUUGGCCUUUGUUAUGGACUGGGCUUUGCCUGAAUCCAGGCCCAGGCUGUUUAAUGGAAGUUUGAAAGAAGUCGAAUUGCGAGAUCCGAAGAAGAUCAGUGAAGGCCCACAACAUUUGCCGCAUUGA